AACACUUCGCUUUGCCAUUUGCCACUCGACAAUCGACAUCCGUGAUCCGGCAUUCGGCAAAAUUAGUGUUUGUUUUGCCGGUAUGAUUUUCAAUGUAAAUAAAAUAAUAUGAUACCAUCGGUUUUAUGCUCAGUAGACACACAAAACAAUUAAUUAUUGAAAUUACGACAUAGGUAUUUGGCCCAAUGAGGGGCUGUGCAAAUAAGUGAUAUAUAAGUACCGAAAAAUAGAUACAUAAGCUAAGUUACAGUAAAAGUUACAUUUUGAAUGCACAAUGAUAACUCAUAUCACAGCUAUUGUCACCUUUGUGAAGUUAUUCUUCAUACCUCUGUAUCAUUCAACGGACUUUGAAGUGCAUAGAAACUGGCUUGCGAUCACUUACAAUACCUCAAUUAAUCAAUGGUACUAUGAAUCAACAUCAGAAUGGACACUUGACUAUCCACCUUUAUUUGCUUGGUUAGAAUACUGUCUUUCCUUGGUGGCUGUGUGGUUUGAUCCUAAAAUGUUGGAAGUUAAUAAUUUAAAUUACAAAUCUGACAUGACCGUCCUGUUCCAAAGAUUGUCUGUUAUUGUUUUGGAUAUCAUUUUCAUAUAUGCUGCAAGGAGCUGUGCCCUUCUAGUCAAGCAUAGGAUACUUCUGCUGUUUAUAUUAUUAAUAUGUAAUCCUGGUUUACUUAUGGUAGACCACAUACACUUUCAAUACAAUGGAUUCUUGUAUGGAAUUUUACUCUUGUCUAUAUGCAGUAUGAUAAAUAGUAAUCAUCUUCAAGCGGCUUUGUGGUUUGCUAUAUUAUUGAACUUAAAACACAUAUAUUUGUAUGUGGCACCAGUUUACAUUGUAUACUUAUUAAGAACAUACUGUUUUAUGGUUGUAUCAGCCGAUGGUACAAAUACAGCUUGGUACUCAUUCUCAAUAACAAAUCUUCUGACACUGGGUGUUGUUGUAACUGCUGUAUUUUGUGUUUCGUUUGGACCAUUCUUGGAUCAUUUGCCACAGAUAUUUGCCCGAUUGUUUCCAUUUAAAAGAGGUUUAUGUCAUGCAUAUUGGGCUCCCAAUUUCUGGGCCCUUUACAACUUUGGUGACAAGAUUAUACAGCAUUUCAUGGUGAAACUUGGUUUGGAUAUAAAGAAGACAGAAGCGUCGAUGACUGGUGGAUUGGUACAAGAAUUUAGUCAUUCGGUUUUACCCUCAAUAACGCCGACUAUAACAUUUGUCUUGACUUUUAUAUCAAUGUUACCUGCUUUGAUAAAAUUAUGGCAUCUUGGUGCUGACAGACGAUAUCGCGCCUUAAGUUUUGUGAGGUGCCUUGUAGUCUGUGCCACAUGUUCUUUCAUGUUUGGGUGGCAUGUUCAUGAAAAAGCAGUCCUCAUGAUAUUGAUCCCAAUGAGUUUUAUUUGCGUGUUGGGCGACAUUGAUGGUAAAUUGUUUUUGAUUAUAUCAACAGUUGGUCAUUAUUCUUUAUUUCCUUUGCUUUAUCCAAAGAACCUUUUAGCAAUAAAAAUAUUUAUGCUACUAACCCAUGCCGCGUUUGCAUUUGGUAACAUUCCUUUAUUAUAUGAUACUAAAGGGAAACCCAAGAGACGUGGUUUUCUUCGUUUACCUAUGCUUAAUCAAUUAGAGUCUUUUUAUAUUUAUGGUCUUAUAAUAUUGUGUCUUUAUGAACAUGUCAUUCAUGUGGCUUUGGGUUUGAAUAAGACUUUACCAUUUUUACCCUUAAUGCUAACGUCUGUUUAUUGCGCCAUAGGUGUGUUUUAUUUUUGGAUUUACUAUUAUUGUUAUUUCCUGGCGUUUAAUGUAAGUAGAGUGCCAACUUUCACUACUGUAAAUAGAGAAAAUUAUAAUGUAAAAAAGAGCAAAUAAACUAUACAAAAGAAAUUACGUUUAAUAUAUUUUUUGUUAAUUAAUCAA